CAGGGCGGACUAGCUGGGGGGCUCCCGGGGCUCUGGAGGGCGCGCGUCCGGGCGGCUGUCAUGGAAGGAACUGGCGGCGGCUUCCGGAAAGACCUGGUGAGCAAGCUGCUGCAGCUGCACUUCACAGACAGCAAGACCAAAGUCGGCGGGGACGCACUGCGGCUCAUGGCGGAGCUGCUGACCAUCUUCGUCGUGGAAGCGGCUAUCCGCAGUGUCCGGCAGGCCCAGGCAGAGGACCUGGCUCUCGUGGACAUGGACCAGCUGGAGAAGGUGCUGCCUCAGCUGCUCCUGGACUUCUAGGGGCCUCCACCCCCACUGUGGCCCGCUGUCCAAGCCAAGGCCGAGCCCCGUGCCCACACUUCUGCGGUCUCUGGCUUCAGGCAGGGAAGGAGCCGCUGAUGCCUGAGACCGAUACUCUCCUCCAGCCCCCAAGACUGAGCUAGGUCCUGGCAAAUGCCCCACUCCUCGUGGUGUCCUCUCUGUCCUGCUGCUGACCGCCUGGACACAGCAGAUGGGGGGCUCGCUGAGGGGACCUGGGGGGGCAGGUGGCCUGUACCUUCUACAGACAAGCGAAGCUGCCCACAGGCUGACACCCCAACAUCAAAGCUUCUGUGCAACCUUUCAACCAUCUGAUACCCCUCAGAAGAUGCUUCCCUGAGCUAUAAAUUUGUUCUCACAAGGCAACGUCAAUAAACCAAAGCUGCC